GGCGCUCGGGUCCGUCUCUGCCCGGGGCUGUGGCGGCGCCGGCAGCUCCAGCCUUAGCGGUUCCUCCCUGGGCGGCGGCGGCGGCGGCUCGGUCGACGCCUCCUCCGCCAGCUGAGCCCGCAGGAGCCCGGGACGCCGCUUCCCCGCCCCUCCCCGCUCCCCGAGGCCGGUUGCCUGGCCAUGGCGCAGCCGGGCCCGGCGCCCCAGCCUGACGUUUCUCUUCAGCAGCGAGUAGCAGAAUUGGAAAAAAUUAAUGCAGAAUUUUUACGUGCACAGCAGCAGCUUGAGCAAGAAUUUAAUCAAAAAAGAGCAAAAUUCAAGGAAUUAUAUUUGGCGAAAGAGGAGGAUCUGAAGAGGCAAAAUGCAGUGUUGCAAGCUGCGCAGGAUGAUCUGGGCCAUCUUCGGACACAGCUGUGGGAAGCUCAAGCAGAGAUGGAGAACAUCAAGGCGAUUGCCACGGUCUCUGAGAACACCAAGCAAGAAGCUAUCGAUGAAGUGAAGAGACAGUGGAGAGAAGAAGUUGCUUCACUUCAGGCUGUUAUGAAAGAAACGGUUCGUGACUAUGAGCACCAGUUCCACCUUAGGCUGGAGCAGGAGCGGGCGCAGUGGGCACAGUACCGGGAAUCUGCAGAGAGGGAAAUAGCUGAUCUACGAAGGAGGCUGUCUGAAGGGCAGGAGGAGGAAAAUCUAGAGAAUGAGAUGAAAAAGGCCCAGGAGGAUGCUGAAAAACUUCGAUCUGUUGUGAUGCCCAUGGAGAAGGAAAUUGCAGCUCUGAAAGAUAAGCUGACAGAGGCUGAGGACAAGAUUCAAGAGCUGGAGGCCUCAAAGGUUAAAGAACUGAAUCAUUAUCUAGAAGCUGAGAAAUCUUGUAGGACUGAUCUAGAGAUGUAUGUAGCUGUUUUGAAUACUCAGAAAUCCGUUCUACAGGAAGAUGCUGAGAAACUGCGGAAAGAAUUGCAUGAAGUUUGCCAUCUGUUGGAGCAAGAGCGGCAGCAACACAACCAGUUAAAACACACCUGGCAGAAAGCCAAUGACCAGUUUCUGGAAUCUCAGCGUUUGCUGAUGAGAGACAUGCAGCGAAUGGAGAUCGUGCUAACCUCAGAACAGCUCCGACAAGUUGAAGAACUGAAGAAGAAAGAUCAGGAAGACGAUGAACAACAAAGACUUAAUAAGAGAAAGGAUCAUAAAAAAACAGAUGUUGAGGAAGAAGUAAAAAUACCAGUAGUGUGUGCUUUAACUCAAGAAGAAUCUUCAGCCCAGUUAUCAAAUGAAGAGGAGCAUUUAGACAGCACCCAUGGUUCAGUCCAUUCCUUAGAUGCAGACCUGUUGUUACCAUCUGGAGACCCGUUCAGUAAGUCGGACAAUGACAUGUUUAAAGAUGGACUCAGGAGAGCGCAGUCUACGGACAGCCUGGGAACCUCGGGCUCUUUGCAAUCCAAAGCUUUAGGCUAUAACUACAAAGCAAAGUCUGCUGGAAACCUGGAUGAGUCGGAUUUUGGACCACUGGUAGGAGCAGAUUCCGUGUCUGAGAACUUUGAUACUGUGUCCCUUGGGUCACUACAGAUGCCUAGUGGGUUUAUGUUAACCAAAGAUCAGGAGAGAGCAAUCAAGGCGAUGACACCAGAACAAGAAGAGACGGCGUCCCUCCUCUCCAGCGUUACCCAGGGCAUGGAGAAUGCCUACAUGUCCCCCAGUGGUUAUCGCUUGGUCAGUGAAACGGAGUGGAACCUCCUGCAGAAAGAGGUACAUAAUGCUGGAAAUAAGCUUGGUAGACGUUGUGAUAUGUGUUCCAAUUAUGAAAAACAGUUGCAAGGAAUCCAAAUCCAGGAGGCUGAAACGAGAGACCAGGUGAAAAAGCUGCAAGUGAUGCUAAGACAGGCUAAUGACCAGUUAGAGAAGACAAUGAAGGAUAAACAGGAGCUGGAAGACUUCAUAAAGCAGAGCACCGAGGACUCCAGUCAUCAGAUCUCUGCGCUUGUCCUGAGAGCCCAGGCAUCCGAGAUCUUACUUGAAGAGUUGCAACAGGGCUUUUCCCAGGCAAAGAGGGAUGUUCAGGACCAGAUGGCAGUGCUGACGCAGUCGCGGGAGCAGGUUUCAGAAGAGCUGGCGAGGCUACAGAAGGAUAAUGACAGCCUCCAGGGGAAGCACAGCCUGCAUGUGUCGCUGCAGCAGGCUGAAGACUCCAUCCUCCCGGACACUGCCGAGGCACUCCGGGAGCUGGUAUUAAAGUACCGUGAGAACAUCAUCAGUGUGCGGACAGCAGCAGAUCACAUGGAAGAGAAGCUGAAGGCUGAAAUACUUUUCCUCAAAGAGCAAAUUCAAGCAGAACAGUGUUUAAAAGAAAACCUUGAGGAAACUCUGCAGCUCGAAAUAGAAAACUGCAAGGAGGAGAUAGCUUCCAUUUCGAGCCUGAAAGCAGAAUUAGAAAGAAUAAAAGUAGAAAAAGGACAGCUGGAGUCCACGCUGCAGGAGAAGACCGAGCAGCUGGAGCGGCUCCAGGAGACGAGGGCGCAUCUGGAAGAACAGCUGAAGAAAGAGACUGCCGCCAAGGCCUCUGUUGAACAACUAAUGUUUGAAGAGAAGAACAAAGCCCAGAGGUUGCAGACAGAAUUAGAUGUCAGCGAGCAGGUGCAGAGGGACUUCGUGAAGCUUUCUCAGACGCUGCAGGUACAGCUGGAGCGGAUCCGGCAAGCCGACUCUCUGGAGAGGAUCCGGGCCAUUCUGAAUGACACCAAACUGACAGACAUUAACCAGCUCCCCGAGACAUGACGCCCUGGAGGCAGGAUUCUAGCCUGCACUUUGGAUUUCUAACUCAUCUUUAGAGCAACAUUAAUUAUUAUUUAACUCUUAACUGAAGAAGCAGAAGUCACAACAAAAGGAACACUGGAGAAAUGCUUGUUUCUAACAGGAGAGGCCGCGCAGCACGGAGCAGCAGCCAGCCAGGCGACGCCCCAGAAAGACCUGUCGCUCGGAACACUACGGAGACUCCAGACUGGGUCCCGGCAGUGGGGUCAGGUUUGGUGACGGAGAGCGCUGUUCCCUUGCCUGCUUUCUCCAACAUAGGUUUUCUGGAACAUAUUUCCCUACCCCAGAGCAACAUCCCAAUCAGUAGUGUUUGGAUUACAUUUUCUGUUCAUAGAUACUGGGAGAAAGAAUUUUCUUGUUGUCUAGGGCUCCCCAGUACCAGUAUUCAGCUAGCACAGAGGUGUAGUAUGCUGUAUGAAUAUUUUAUAUUAAAAUAUGAAGUUUGAGAGCAGGCCGUUGGCUACUGACUCUACUUCCCUCGCUCAGUGCAUUUUUAUUUCUUUUUACUAUUUUAUCUUACAUUGGAGGACCUAAAUGCUACUGAAACUUGCCUGGAAACCACAAGACUGUGGCAACCAAAACUAAUUGAAGAACUGAAUUAUGAGGAUGUGAAAGCUUGGCUGAGGCUAUGCGUGCAUCGCAAGUCAAGUUUCAAGGAGAAGCACAAGCAGCUGGAAGCACUUUUUCUGAUCCCGGAUGACCUUCACGGGCCCACAGGUACCAGGGUAAAGCUGAGCUGGCACCAUCUACUCUUUCAAAGUGUUUUAGCUUAGGUAUUGGAUCAGUGAAAAAAUAGUAUUAAUAAAACAAGCUAUGCCUGACAUCAUGCAAUGUUCAGUUACAAAUCUGCUUAUUUUAAACUGAACCAAUGGGUUUGAGUCUGUCUCAAGUACCAAAAAAGGGCGGUAACUAGGUUUGACAGACACUUUAUAUUUCCAUUUUAUGAUUUAGAGCAGGAGCCUAAGUGACAUGUUCCCAGGAAGCCGGGGCCAAGCCAGUUAGGAAACUGCUCAGCUGAGAAGUCUGCUUUGUCCUUUUCAAGAGCCAGACUCCUUCCCUCCGUGGAGGAAGCCUCAGUGAGCCAGGCUGUGUUGCAGCAAGCACAAAGGAUCGGUGGGCACUGCUGGCUGCUGCGGUUCUGUGGCCGGAGUGGCCCGUGGGAGGCUGCCGUUUAACUCGUGCAUGCGACGGCCCGCAAGUAAAGCUGUUUCCAGGUGAAUUUUGUGAUUGGGUUGCCUGACAGUGCAGGUUCCCAGGAGCCCUGUGGAAAUUAGUCAAUUAAAUGCACUCUUGGAUUUGCUUAAAGUCACCAUCAGUUUAUAGGUGAAAGUCAAGUCUGUUACAAAAACCUUUACUUCUCCCACGGGACAGACAGUAGGGACUCCCAUCGCCUCCUCCCCGGGUACGGCUGUAGUCUUGUGUUCAUGAUUAUGGAUGAAAAUAAACACCGAUUUUGGAAAGUGUUUCUGAAGGCUCGCCAUGCACGAAACGUUCUUUACCUGGUUUAAAGGCCCUCUGUAUUCUAGUGUUACCGGCUUUAAUGGAAACAGAUCCAGAAGUUACAGAGAAUUUUAAUUACCAAAUGCGUUGACUUAACAGACCAGCCCCUCGGAUAGCCCCAAGCUCACCUGCCUGGAGGACUGGGGCGAGCCCUGUGCGUUGUCAGGAGGGGUGGUCUUGUGCUGACUGGGUGCCCCAGACAGGCAGUGAAGCCGUCGCCAUUGGGAACCGUGUGGGACUCCACUCUAUUGAGAAGAAUCUCCCAAGACUCUAGGUUGUGCCUAACAGUGUCUCUGGUUUGGAAGAAGCAAACUGACAACGCUACUCUCUAGGUGGGAAAGUUCUUUAAACUGGGUUUCCUGCAUAAAUAGGAUCCGAUCUCGCAGGUGGGGUUCAGCCCUUGGGACAGAAUAUCAGUUGAGUUCUGCAGGUGUUCCGCGCUUAUGUUCGGUCUGUAAUCGUGUCCUCACGCAGAACUAGCCUGAUUUACCUCGAACCUGUAACGUCCCUUACUGCGUGGCUGUUAACUGGUGUCACUGAGGCACCCCUAGGCAGGCCCGGCUUUGCCUCUCGGAGCUCACGCUGGUGAGCAAAAAGAGGACUUAAAGCCGAGAACAAAACCACAUACACUGCAGAGCACGCCGUUCCUCCCCGAGGGGAACUUGCACCCACUCAGUAGCGACUGCUGCACGCAGAGCAGCUGGUCCCAGCUCUGAGAGGAAGUGCGCCGGCACGGGCCUCUGCGGCUGCGCUCCUGGGCUCUGUUCCGAGCAAACUGCGGGUGUAACCGUUUGUGAAUUGUCCUGAAGGCGUGUCCUUAACCAGAAAGUGUUCACAUUAAAAAAGCUGCUGCCCACUGUA